AUGAAUGAGGAAACAAGUAACCUAAAGGCCACAUUGACAUAUUCAACUUCUGCGAAUAACUCAGAAAACUUAUUUUCAAGUGAACAAAAUCAUAGAGGAGAUGACAAAUUGACUCUGGUUCUACUUUACAAAAGAUACAGUUUAUCUGAAAAAACAUACGUUGAAGACAAAAUGAACUGGAAAUACAAGGAAGAACAUCCAUUUGAGAAAAGGAAGGCAGAAGGAGAGAAGAUGAGAAAGAAGUAUCCCGAUAGGGUACCCGUAAUUGUCGAGAAAGAACCAAAAGCAAGAGUUGCUGACCUCGACAAAAAGAAAUAUCUUGUACCAUCUGAUCUUACAAUUGGACAAUUCUAUUUCCUCAUUCGUAGACGGAUCAAUCUUAAACCCGAAGAAGCUUUAUUCUUUUUUGUGAACAAUGUUAUUCCUUCUACCAGUGCUUUGAUGAACGCCCUCUAUCAGAAGUAUCGUGAAGAAGACUCUUUCCUAUAUAUUACCUUUAGUGAAGAGAGUGUGCAUGGUGCCUAGAUGGAAUACAACAGUCAGAGUCAACAUUUUAAACAAUUAAUAGUACAAUAACGUCAUUUCUAAGGGCAAUAUAGUGAAAUAUUGG